GUUUAGGAAAAACUCUCACACGGAACGACACGUCGCGAUGCAGGAGGCGGCGAUUGGGUUCACGGUCUGCCGCGCAACCGGAUCCUCCUUUGAACACCCCUUGGCGAACCUGACCCAGUACAACAGAAAGUCGUACUGGGCAUCCUUUGCCAAGCAAACGGAAGUCAUGGUUGCCCGCUUGGAUACCAAAGCCCUUCUGGGAGAGAUCGUCAUAUUGAACAAGAGCGCACAGACUGUCGACAUCAGCCUGGCGGUGCAAGACAAACGGAGUGAGUACAUUGCAGUCAAGUCUGGCGUUCGGCUGCCUCUAAAUCGAGAGUUUCGAAUCAAACUUGGGUACCUCCCCGCGUGCUUCAUUCGAUUAUCCUUCAAACGGCAAGACAACUCGCCGUCGAUCGAGGUGUAUGCUAUUCAGCCACGGGGCAUCUCGUGUGGAUACUUGGAGCACAACGGCGGACCAGCGCUCUUCAACGUAAUAAGCCACACCACCGAGAGCAUUCUAUUCGGCCCUUCAUUGCCCUCGAGCCUGCCUGAGCGAGAUUGCCUGAGUGAGACUCGAUCGGGAUCUCCGGCAUGGAUGAAGCGGCAUCAAAGCCUUCAAGACCUGCACGUAGCACGCCUCGAGAACUCAUUGAGGUCAUAUAUGCCCCAUGCCCCAACGCGGCGCGCGUUGUCGUAUAUGUACUGACACAGGCGCAUGAGAGAAUAUAUUCGCCGAGUUGGAUAUAUAUUUAUUUUUCAUGAAAUGCCAA